CGGCGGGAGGGGUCCACAUCGGCGAGCGGCUCCCCGGUGGCGGCUGCGGCUCCCAGACCGUGCCGAGCUGUGACCAGACGGCUCCGGCCGAGCCUGCGGCGGCCGCCAGCCCCGCACACGCUCCGGAGCCCGCUGCGCUGUUCGCGUUCCGCCGGCCGGUAUGGACGCGGCGCUGAAGCGGAGCCGCUCGGAGGAGCCGGUUGAGCUCCUGCAGUCGGCCCGGGACUUGGAGGAAGAGGAGGAAGAGGGGAUGGAGCAGGAGCUGGAGGAGGAAGAAGAGGUGGAUCCCCGGAUUCAGGGAGAACUGGAGAAGUUAAAUCAAUCCACGGAUGACAUCAACAGACGGGAGACUGAACUUGAGGAUGCUCGUCAGAAGUUCCGCUCUGUUCUGGUUGAGGCAACGGUGAAACUGGAUGAACUGGUGAAGAAAAUUGGCAAAGCCGUGGAAGACUCGAAGCCCUACUGGGAGGCACGGAGGGUGGCGAGGCAGGCUCAGUUGGAAGCUCAGAAAGCCACUCAGGAUUUCCAGAGGGCCACAGAGGUGCUCCGUGCCGCUAAGGAAACCAUUUCCCUGGCUGAGCAGCGGCUGCUGGAGGAUGACAAGCGGCAAUUCGACUCGGCUUGGCAGGAGAUGCUGAAUCACGCCACCCAGAGGGUCAUGGAGGCGGAGCAAACCAAGACAAGGAGCGAGCUGGUGCACAAAGAGACGGCAGCCAGGUACAAUGCGGCCAUGGGCCGCAUGCGGCAGCUGGAGAAGAAACUCAAGAGAGCCAUCAACAAGUCCAAACUGGUGUUCUCUCUCAUCCUAGUGGCUUCUGAGGCCUUUGAAGAUGACAACUGCAGCAACUUUGUGUCUGAAGAUGACUCGGAAACCCAGUCUGUGUCCAGCUUUAGUUCAGGACCGAUGAGCCCAUCGGACACAGCCGACCAAUUCGCUGCAGCUGUGAGGCCCGGCAGCCUGGAUCUGCCCAGCCCCGUGUCCCUGUCCGAGUUUGGGAUGAUGUUCCCGGUAUUAGGCCCUCGCAGCGAAUGCAGUGGGGCCUCUUCCCCUGAGUGUGAGGUGGAACGAGGAGACAGAGCAGAAGGGGCAGAGAAUAAAACAAGUGACAAAGCCAACAACAGUCGGGGUCUUAGCAGCAGCAGCAGCGGUGAUGGCGGCAAGAGCCAAGGCAGCACGCCCCCUGAGGGCAAGGCGUUGGUGAACAGGAUGAAGCAGCUGUCCCUCCAGUGCUCAAAGGGGAGAGAGGGGAUUGUCGCCGACAUAAAAAUGGUGCAGAUCGGCUGAUCCACCCAAAGUCCUGGCCCACGUGCAUACCGAUAUUUAUACACAGAACUGUGGAGAACAUUGUGCCAAUAAUCAGUUAAUAGAUGCCAAAUCGUACGCGUUUAAACUGCACUAAGGAAGUUUCAGUGACCUUGAGGGCUGAGGAUUUUACUUCUGGGUAAGAGCUCUUGAGAUGGUUUGUUUUUCAGAGCAGAGUUGUUGCAGGUGGACUGUGACCAGGUUCACAGCCUCUGUGGAACAUUACCUGUAACAGUGUUAUGGAAGCAAUAACUAGUUCCUACGCAAGAACCCGAGCCGGGAAAGGGGCUGGGAAGCUAGGCCCAGCUGGGCCCAACAGCGUGCUCCCUUCCCUUCUCUCACCCUCCAUUUCUUUGGGAAAAUGGAGAUGUUCUCUCCUCUAUAUCCUAGGGAAUCUAAAUGAAAACAAACAAGAAUACAAGACAAAACUCAAAUAUUCAGAACACACCGUUUGACCCAGUGAAGGCUGGAAAAAAAAAAUUCAAAAUCUUAAUUCAUUUUUAUCAUCUCUGGUGUUCAGAAGGGGCUUUUAAAGAAUGUGUGUAUGUUGGGACACUCAUUAAAACCAGUUUCUAUAAAGGUUACUAUAAACUGCACUUUUUGGGGUGGGACGGGUAAAUGCCAGUGUGGGGGUAGGGGUGGGGGGAAGAGGGUAGCAAGGACAUAUCAUAGAAGGGGAAUUGUGGCUGUGGGAGGGAAGGUUCUAGAGCAUAAACCUUAUCCUACAAGCCGAGGGGACUUAUCCUAAGAGAAGUGCAUGUGAAGAAUGGUUGCCAUUGUUACUCUAAAUUGACAAGGUGUUAAUUUUUCUGUAGGUUGUAACUUUAAAAAUAAAACAUUAUUUAAGGGUUAUGCUGCACUAGUAUUUCUUAGAGGAAAUUGUUUCUUAAGGCUAGAAAAGGGAGUAGGCAUGUGUUGGCAAAGGCUGUUAAAUAGACACAAUGGAGUCUGUUAUGCUAAUAGUAGUAAGUGUUAACACUGCUUUUCUGUAAUGUUUUCAUGGUUACACGUAUUUAAGAGCACUGUAUUUUAUUUAAGAAAAGUUGGCAUUUCUAAAAGGAAAAAAGCAACCCCAUUUCAAGUUAAUUCUGUCACGACUUGCAUAUUUUACACAUUUGUAAAUCUCUUCAUACUGUAGUGUUUUCUCCUUUUUUAAUGACUGAUACAGUAUCCUAAUUACAAGGUUAUUUUGUACUUGUCUUAAUACCUUGAGUGUAAUAAAAAUGGCUUAAGAAAA